AUGAAUCAAGAAAAACUGUUUAAUUUAAAAUGCUUUUCACUUUAUUGUACUUGGGAAAUAUUUGGUUAUGGUGAAUUAAUUGUGCCAGUUUUACAUCGAAUGUCAAAUUUAGAAAAACUUGAUUUAUAUCUUAUUGUUUGUCAAAGACAAACAUUUAUUGAUGGUAAUCAAUUAAAAAUAAAUAUUAUUAAUCAUAUGUCAGAAUUUUAA